AUGGGCUUUCUCGCCAUCUUCGGCACCCUGUUCGCCGCCCUCCUCAUCAUCGCCGCCAUCUGGAGCCCGGACGUCAUCGGCCUCCCACCUAACAACCCACUCCAUCCACUGCCCAAGUUCAUCCUCGGUGGCAUUGGAUUCCUCAUCCUCUUCGCAUCACUGUCCGGAUCCCCUCUAACAGGUUCAGGCGAUCCGACCCGCGAUCUCCCAAGCACGACUCGAGCGCCGUUGCCGACAUCGACUACCACGGCGCCGAAGGGGAAGUCGGAGGAGGAGAUACACUGGACGGUGUGUGUGAACGAGGCUACGGGCGCCAUGUCGACUUGUCUAGUAAGCAAGGAGGAAGCGACGUACUAUCCUCGGCCGCUUCCGAGGAUUAUUCGCGAGUUCGACGAGUGA